GCCCCGCCGCCCGGCAAGGGCAGGAAGGCGAAGCGGGGCGCCGCGGCGGGCAGCGGCCAUGCGGUGGCGGCGGCGCUGGCCCGCGUCGGCCACACGGACAGCAGCUCCGAUCUCUCCGACUGCCCCUCCGAGCCGCUCUCCGACGAGCAGCGCCUGGCCCCGGCCGCCAGCAGCGACGCCGAGUCCGGCACAGGCUCCAGCGAUCGCGAGCGGGAGCCGCCCGCAGCGCAUCCCGCCGCUCAUCCCGCCGCGCAUCCCACCGCCGAGCCGCCCCGCGCCGGCCCCGGCCUCGGGCGCGGAGCUCCGCCGGCCCCCGGCUCCCGCGGGGAUGUGCUGCCUGCGGCACCGGGCGGGGGGCGAACCCCGAGCCUCGGGGAGCCGCCGCCGGCGGCCCCGGAGGAGUUGCAGCGGGAGGUGGAGGAGCUGCGCUCGGAGAACGAGUACCUCAAGGAUGAGCUGGAUGAACUUCGGGCUGAAAUGGAAGAAAUGCGUGACAGCUAUUUAGAAGAAGAUGUUUACCAGCUGCAGGAGCUCCGGCGAGAGCUAGACCGGGCAAACAAGAAUUGCCGCAUUCUGCAAUAUCGUCUCAGGAAAGCAGAACAGAAAAGCCUGAAAGUUGCACAAACAGGCCAUGUGGAUGGAGAGCUCAUUAGGAGCCUGGAACAAGAUUUAAAGGUAGCCAAAGAUGUUUCUGUCAGACUGCACCACGAGCUGGAGAGUGUGGAGGAGAAACGUGUGAAAGCAGAAGAUGAAAAUGAAGUCCUUCGGCAGCAAAUCAUCGAGGUGGAAGUAUCCAAGCAGACGCUGCAAAAUGAGCUGGACAAGUUAAAAGAGAGUUCCCUGAAGAGAAGAGGCAGCAGAGAAAUCCACAAAGAAAAAAAGACAUUUACUCAGAAUUGCAAAACGGAGCCUCUUGGAAAAUACCAGGCACCAGGCAAAACACAAAGAAAAGUGGUUCUCCAGCGCAAGGAGGACAGUGCUGAUUUGAAGUGCCAGCUCCAGUUUGCCAAAGAGGAGGCAGCGCUGAUGCGUAAGAAGAUGGCCAGACUGGGGAGGGAGAAGGACGAGCUGGAGCAGGAGCUCCAGAAGUACAAGUCCAUCUAUGGAGAUGUGGACAGUCCCCUGCCUACCGGGGAGGCAGGGGGCCCGCCCAGCACCAGGGAGGCUGAGCUGAAGCUUCGUCUGAAGCUGGUGGAGGAGGAAGCCAACAUACUGGGCAGAAAAAUAGUGGAACUGGAGGUGGAGAACAGGGGGAUUAAAGCUGAGAUGGAGGAUAUGAGGUGCCAGUAUGAAAAAGAGUGUCUCAGCAGGGACCACAUUUCAAGCAUUCCUACCUCGCCCUACGGCGACUCCGUGGAGUCGGCCACAGAGCUGCGCAGGCACCUGCAGUUUGUGGAAGAGGAAGCAGAGCUGCUGAGGCGGUCAAUCUCCGAAAUUGAGGAUCACAACAAGCAGCUAACGAAUGAGCUGAACAAAUUCAAGUUUGAGCCAGGCCAGGAGCCUGGCUGGUUGGAUGACGCAGCAUCCAAGUGCGGUGGGACCUUGCAAGAGGAGCUGAAGUCGGCCAGGUCACAAAUCAAUGAGCUGAGCGGGAAAGUGAUGAAGCUCCAGUAUGAGAACAGGGUCCUGAUGUCCAAUGUCCAGCGCUACGAUCUUGCCUCUCACCUGGGCCUGCGCACUUCCAGCCCCAGGGACAGUGACGCUGACAGCGAUGCCGGGAAAAAAGAGAGUGACAGCGAAGAUGGUCGUCCACCCCAGCCAAAGAGAGAGGGGCCCAUUGGGGGUGAGAGUGACUCUGAAGAAGUUUAUGAGAAGACAUCGGGUUUUGGGAGUGGGAAGCCAUCAGAAGUCAGCGACCUGUGCUCCGCCGAGCUCAUGAGAGUGAAAGAGGACACCGAGUCUUUAAUUAACAUCAAACGUGAGGCUGAGCGGCUUGAAAGGACGGUGGACCGCCUUAUCACUGACACAGACAGCUUGAUUUAUGAUGCAAAGGUGCACAUAACCAGCAGCCCAUCCACUGAGCAGGAUUUCAGAAGUGGUGAGGAAAGGGGAGAAGAUAAGCAUGAGCCAGAGCUUCUGGACGCCGUCAACACCAGGAUGAAAGCUUUCCGGAAGGAGCUGCAGACCUUCCUGGAGAAGGUUGAUCACAUUGGAGAGGGACUUAAGGAGCAGAUGGAGGACCUCUCUCCUCUUCCCCAUCUCACAGAGUCUUCCAGUUUUCUAUCCACAAUGACAUCCAUGUCCCGAGACUCUCCCAUUGGUAACCUGGGGAAGGAAUUAAUCACCGACUUCCAGUCCAAACUGAGGGAUCAGAUGGAGUGGCAGCUCAGACAAGAUCGUGGAGAGGAGCAAGAGAUUCACCACCAGCGAGCCACCACCGACCCACACCGCAGAGCUGAUGGAGACAUUAAACUCUACAGGCCAGGAGACAAGGGCUGUUUCAGUCUAGAGCUCAGGGAUUCCCCUGUUUUACCUGUACAGAAUGUAUCGAUACAGGAGCUUCAGGCUCAACUUGAGCAGGAGACAAGACUUCACCGAGAGGAGCAAGAAAAGUUUACUGAAAGGAUCAUCCAGCUGGAGGAGGAGCAUAUGCAGACCCUGCGGAGGAAAGACUUGGAAGUGCAGAGCUUGACUUUGCAGAACAAACUGGAAGAGAAGACCUGGGGUCAGGAGAAAAGUCUACUGCAGCAAGAACUCAGGCAUUUCAAGCAGGACACCUUUCUGUUGUAUGUCAAACUGAAGUGGCUGCUGAAACACUGGCGGCGAGGCAAGCGGAUGGAGGAGGAAGGGGAGGACACAUUAGAGAUUGAGCACCCUGAGGCCCUUCCAGACUUUGGCAUUCAGUCUGAGCAGAAGGUGAAUGAUGCAGAGCGACAGGAGGAGGAAGAAGAUGUUGUGUUUCCACUGACAGAUUUCUCCCAGCGUCCCACCAUGGAGAGCACUGAUCAUGGACCACAGCUGCAGACUGCAGAAUUACUGCAGCAGCAGAAGCAGGCGAGUGAAAAUCGGAAGCUCCUGAACGCUCUGAAGGGUUUGCUGGAUGACUUCCGCUCGGAGCUGCGGGACGAGGAGCGCGAGCGCCAGGGGCUCCAGCAGCAGUAUGCCAUGCACAAGGCAGCCUGGGAGGUGGAAAUGACUGAACUGAAGUGCCGCCUCGAACAGCUGGAAGGGAAGAGUGAGAACACCUCUGGAGAAACAGGCCUCGCUUCUGAUGCAAAAGGAGCUUUUAAAAGGGAAAGAGAGGAGCACAAGAAGCUUUUGGCUGACAGCCACAGUGUGGUGAUGGACCUUCGCUGGCAAAUCCAGCACAGUGAGAAGAACUGGAACCGGGAAAAGGUGGAGCUCUUGGACAGGCUUGAUAGAGACCGGCGAGAAUGGGAGCGUCAAAAGAAGGAGCUGCUCAGGCGGAUAGAGCAGCUUCAGAAAGAAGCGAGUCCACGAAGAGGAGGUGGUUUGCUGUGCGAGCAGAACGACAGUAGCCGUCGUCCGUUUAUGAUCCAGGGGAACCUUCAUGUGCCUCGUCCGAUGGGAUCCAGAUCCUACUCCGACUCAGACACCAUCCAGUUUGACGAUCGGUCGCUGUCUAAGCUGAAGGAGAGUGAUCGGUGCAGUGGCACGGAAAACCUCUUUCUGGAAUCUCUGUCUCUUGAUUCCCCCGAUGAAUCUGAUGAGCAUCGGCCUCGGCAGCUGGAGCGGGAGAAAUUCUUGACUGGAUUAACGGAAGAGGAAGAAACACACAAAGGAAAUCUUCAAAGGGCAAUGUCCGUUUCUUCCAUGUCAGAAUUUCAACGCCUGAUGGAUAUUUCUCCAUUUCUACCAGAAAAAAACCUGCCUUCAUCCAGCAGCAAAGAUGAUAUAACCCCUCCUCUGUCUCCCGAUGAUCUGAAAUACAUCGAGGAGUUCAACAAAAACUGGGAUUACCAUAGCACUAGGAGCCAUGGUGGGGCCACUGAGAAGCCUACUGAGGGCUGGGCAGAAAGGACAGAAGUUGGGAAAGUCGGGAAUGAUCCUGCUUCAGAUCCAUUCCAGGCAUCAUCAUGGUACCUCACCACCAGUGUCACUAUGACAACUAACACCUUGACUAGCCCAGAGCACUGCCAAAAGCAGACAAUGAGGAGUCAUGGAGUAACUGAAAAAAUGGGAGUUCGGGUGUUUCACAGCCCACCAGUUGUCCGUAGGUUUGAUAACUCGGUGAUAGCUGGCAGCGAAGGGAAAAACCAGGUUGAGCCAGACUUCCUGUUUUCUGUGACCAAAGCUAUGGGGAACGUUGCCGAGACUAAAGGUGCUUCCUCGGAUAUGUUUGGAAGAUGGUCUUGUGACCUGGCCAAACAUCAUAAGGAUUUUCUGGAGAAUGGCCUUCAUCCCAUUGAACGUCCUAUUUGCACUACUGUGGGCUUUGCCUCACCCUUGCACAGCCUGGAGAUGUCCAAAAACAUGAGCGAUGACAUGAAGGAGGUCGCUUUCUCUGUCCGAAAUGCAAUACGCUCCAACUCCACGGAGCCUCAGUUUAAGGACACUGCGUGUCAAACCAAUGGCAUGAGGACGACAGGGACACAGACUACCCAGACCAUCAGCGUUGGCUUGCAAACAGAAACCCUGCGCAGUAUCACCAGCAGCCCACACAAGUGUCUGACACCAAAGGGGGGGUCCACGCCUGUUUCCUCACCAUCCAGAAGCCUAAGAAGCAGGCAAGUGACCCCCGUCAUUGAAAAGGUCCAGGCUAAGUUUGAACGCACAUGCUGUUCCCCCAAAUAUGGCUCUCCAAAGCUGCAAAGGAAAAUCCUUCCCAAAUCAGACCAGCCAAAUAACCGGACUAUGCCUGGCACACCUCAGAAAGGAUUCAGUGAGUCCGCCUGGGCAAGAUCAACUACUACACGGGAGAGUCCUGUCCACACCACAAUCAAUGAUGGGCUCUCCAGUUUGUUCAACAUUAUUGACCACAGCCCCAUCUUUCAUGAGACCUUCCAAAAAUGCCCCAGAUCCAGCAGCCGGUCCAGGUCCGCAGAACCCAGACCAGAACUGGGCCCAUUGCAGGAGCCAUGUACAAAUGCCCGUGGCAGAUCACCCAGUCCUCUCCGUUUGGGGACAGAGAUGCAAAAGGAGGAAGGGACUGAGGUGACAAGUAUCAGGCAGGACUUAUCUGCUCCUCCAGGGUACACGCUUGCAGAAAACGCUGCCAGGAUCUUGAAUAAGAAACUUUUGGAGCAUGCCUUAAAGGAAGACAGAAGGCUAUCUUCACACAGCCCACCAAAUCUUAGCAAUGACAACAGCACAGGAGAAAUUGUCAAAGUAGAUCCAGGGUCCAUAGAGGAACUACCUUGUUCUGCACUAGCCCCGUCCCUCCAACCCUGCUUCUCCCGGCCAGAGAGACCAGCGAACCGGCGCCCACCAUCACGAUGGGCUUCACAUUCCCCUACUGCCUCACAGUCGCAGUCCACCGGAGACCUGACUUCCUCAGAGGAGUGCGGAAGCAAGGAGCUUCUGGCAGAGACCCCCAGCCAGGGAGGCGAUCCGGCCUGACUCCGCAUGGGAACGGGGCGGGGGGGCCACAACUCGCCGCCACCAGGUUGCCCGCCAGCCGUCUCUGCCACGAAGGAGGGAGGUCCGCUUGGAGAGGUCAAAGAAUGUUCUCAGAAACAGCUGCUGAAUGUCCGACCUGGGAAACAGAGGUGUUUCUAGAAUGAAACAGUUAAUGUGCCUGUAAUAACUUAAUUUUUUCAUAGCUGAGAAAACUAUUUUUGUCUCCAUCUUUUCUACAUACAGUAUAUUAACAAAAACAGAGAAAAAAAAAAAGGUUAAAAUGAUAUAAAGUAAGAUUUAAAAUAAAAUGUAAAUUAAGUUUUAUGGGAAUUUGAGUACAUGCUCGCGCUCUCUCCAAAUACUGACUGCCUUUUGGUUAUAUUUGCACUGUUAUGUUUUCAGUUUUGGUUUGGGGUAUUUUUUGGGUUGGGUUUUUUUUUAAUUUCAUGUAAAACUAGGGUCUUAAGUUAAUUUUAUUCUAUUUUAAUGUCAGUGUUAUCAGUUUUUUAAAGGUAAGGUUCUUAAAGAUGCUUCAACUGUCUGAAGCGAUACCUUUUAAGUAGUGAAGAAAGCCAUUAAGCUCGUUCACUAGACUUGUGAUCAAUUGAGAUGGAGGGGAAUACAGGUAAACACAAAAAAAUGUGUUAAAAAAAAUGCCUCAGAAAGUCUUACGGAGUUAGCUGUAAAAUACACCUACGAUACUUGACUUGCAUGCCUCUGGGUCCUCGCACUUUAGUGCAUGUACAUACUGCUACUGUACCAUCACGUAAAUGUGAGUCAAUCUGUUUCACUGUAAUAUUGUUGUGAAUUUACCUGUACUGUACUUUUAUCGUUGGUAUUCUUGCAUUGACUAUACAAAAAGAGUUUUUAAAUUAUUGUUAGCAGUUCAACUGGCUAUGUACAGUGUUUACUGAGAACUUCCUUUGUUUUGGGAGAACCAUGGAGAUCUUUGGGCAUACUAAAUUGUAACUGGUCUUGUUUAAGAGUCUGCUGGAGACCAUGUGAAGUGGAAAUAAAACUCUCAGUAUUUACAA